AGUGCGCCACUGACGUUGUCUCCUCUCGACUCCUGAUCUCCGCCUAUUGGCCUCUCCACUCCACAUGCUUGCCUCGUAGCCCACCCGCAAUUCCGCAAUCAUGUCUACACCCGGAGACUCCGUAACCUAUCCUCCUACCGCACACACGCCCCUGGCACACGCCGCGCGCACCUCUCAUGAGGUCGUCAGUACCCAGCCCGCACCGGCAGCCACCAUGAGCCCUUCCGCGUCUGCGAAAGGCGGGGAGAAGCCGGAGAGACUACGAGGUGGUUGCAUACCUCUUCCGGGUGGAGGGACGUGUUUUAUCAUUCCUUGCUGCUGCUGAGUGCUCCUGAAGAACACUACGAACGCCAUAACACUGGAUUCACACACGGACUGUUUCAUAGCUGCGGACUUUUGUAUCCAUACUUUCGACGUCACUCCAUGCUGUACCGCGUUCGUA